AUGCCGACCAAGGAGCCCGUUGUGGCUGCGAAAACGCAGCGGCGGCGGAAGGCACCUACACUGCGAGAACAUGACUGGGAGCCACUGAAGACGAGAAUUGUCGAGCUGCAUGUUAAGAGAAACAUGUCGCUGCCAGACGUGAGGGCACUCAUGCAAAGAGAACGUGGAUUUGAAGCCACUCUGCGACAGUACAGAAGUCGAAUCUCGCACUGGGGGCUCGACAAGAAUAUCAAGACUAAAGAGAUGAACUUCAUUGCCCGGAAGUACUAUCAACGACGAGAAGGUUCAGGGUCAAGAUCCAUGUAUACCUUUCGUGUCCGCGGCAAGAUUGUUCCCCCGGCCAAGAUCCAUCGAUGGGCAGAACGGAGUAGUACAAGGCCCAUUACCGGGGAGAACGAUGCCAACGCGAGUGAUGAAACGAUUCGGGACCGCCUUGCAAGUCUUGUACGCUACAGGCAACCCUCCGUCAAAGACUCUCCAGUCAAUUCUCUUCGAGACCUUUACCGCCAGCAAGAUCUGUCCAGCCUGCUGGGAUCUCUAGAAAUUGACGAUGUGCUGGUCGGCCCGUAUGUCGCGGAUGCUCAGAAUGACGACACAAACGGGCUCGACAGUGCCGGAGUGGCUUCUGAUUUGCACACAUCAGUUACGGGCGCCUUGAUUGACUUCGAACUUGCCCAGAAAGCCGAGGAGCACAGGUCUUCCCGAGAACUUACGCCACUGGUCCAUCUUUUCUUCGAGCACGCCCAUCACUUUGUUCCAGUGCUCGACAAGCAAGACUUCUUACAGCGAUGGGAUCUGGACAGAGAAUCAAUCCCCAUGCCGACGCGCAGCGCCGUUUUCAGUCUUGCAGAAGCACUCAAUGAUGCGCCCGAAAAUGCUCUCAAGUGGUUUUGUCUUGCAAGAGGGCAACUGUCUCCGUCUCUCCACUCACCCAACCUCGCCACUCUGCAGGCUCUCCUGAUUCUUCUCAAAGUUAAAGAGUCCAUGAAGAAGGAGAACUACUAUUACGACUCGUGGCUAGGAGUUUCUAGGUGUAUUCAAAUAGCUCACAGUCUUCAAUUGAGCCGUCACACUAGUCAUCAAGCACCAGGCGUCUGCGAUUCUGGUGCCGCAAAGUGCCGGCUCAUGCGACGAGUUUGGCAGACUAUCUACGUGGUUGAAGUCAUGAUCAGCUACCCAAACGCAUACUCAGCUCUCACGGUACCUGUUGGAACGGUGGAUUUUUCAUUGGGCUUGAAUGAAGACGGCUUCCAUUCGGCAACAAAGGAAGAAUUCCAGUUUACGCAACUAGCGCUUCUUGCUGCCCUGACAUCGUCGGAUGCGAGGUUGAAUUCUGGCGCUGCCGACUAUCUCAACCGACAGAUGCGGCUUUUAGAAAGCUGUCAAGAAUUGUGGCCAUCACCCGAGCUCACUUCGCAGGUCAAUAAGCUCCGCGAAUUGCUUUCUGAAGGUGCACCCCGAGCUUUUUGGUUGAGCGAGCCUCUAAAUAACGAUUCAGAAACCGUUACCUACACCCAGGGCCUUGUGAGCGACUGGUUGGGGCCGGAAGACAUAGAUGGCAACGACGUAAACUCGUGGAUUGACGCUUUUCUCUGA